GGCGACUGUACUUAAAACCACGGACGCGGCUUCUCCCCAGGGCGUCCCUUGGAUGGAGUCCGCGGGAGCGCAUCUGAUAACAGCUCUUGCAUCCCAGUCGAGGUGAGUGCCCGCGGAAGGAAGGGAUGGAUGGAUGGAGCCAUCCAACCUUCUUCCGCGUCCUACUCUGAAGGGUUUAUCGGUACCAAGGGAGUGCCGGCGCAACUUGCGAUCUCUUUCUUACCCCCAGCACCUGCGCUACGGAGAGGUCCUGUGUUUUUUACACGGGGUGCUGGUGGCGGCGGCGAGGGAUGCUCCGCGCUCCUCCAGGUGUUGGGAGGGAGCGUCGCUUUUCCCUUCUUGCCUGACGCGAGAGCUUUCGCGUUCAAUAGAGUUCCUCAUCAGGAAGGUUAAGCAGCGGCUGUUGGGCGAGCAUGGGUCGCGCUGGCUGACAGUCGCGGCCCCUGUUCAGAUCCAUCAGCUUUGCUGCUGGAGGAGCGGCGGGUGUUCCUCUCUUGUCUCUUCAAGAAACGGCGGCAGCAGCAGCAGCAGCAGCAGCAGCAGCAGCUUCCCGAAGCGAAGAGUUGCUUAAGGCAGCAGCGUGGCGCCGGGCUCCUGCCUAGGCGGGACUCGACGGCGCUCUGACCCAUAAUCGGGCAGCCGCCGGAUCGUUUCUUCCUGCCUGGCCUGGGGGAUCGCCCUGGGCACGCUUUGAGGGGGGCCUGGCGGGGAUGGAAUGGGGCGAGGCAGGAGGUACCUAGCCAGUAAAGACAUGAUAAGAUAUUUCAGUUGUUGGAAGGGAUCUCUUUGUGAAUGCGGGGUGGGAGGAAGGCGACCUUGAUUUGUGUUGCCUCGUCUCAGGGUAGAGUUGCUUGUAUGUAUCUGUGGACGAUCUAUUCGUUGGCUGGGCGGGGUCGCUCUUUGAUGCAGGGGUCGGCGAUAGAGUGCUGUCUCGGAACAGCUUCUUCUUAUGUGAUGGAACAAACCUGACGUCCCCGCAGAACUGCCACUUUUAGAAAAGCGGCUUCUCUCGACCGGAGGGGCUCGGUUCCCUCCUGGGAUAAAAUAAUUGAUAACGUUAACACGAUUAAUAAUUAGUUAAUAAUCCAUUAAACGGGGGUGGGCAGUGGUAGGUAAUUUCAGACUCUGGACGCAAGGGCCCUAUGCAACCCCCUCUUUAGAGGGUAAAUGUGUAUUGCUUCACUUCGGUAAGCCAAAAUGUGCUGGUUGGGGGGAACUCCUGCUUGUUCGGCUUAAUGGGGCUUCGGAACUGCCUAUCCUGUUCAUUCCCCCGCCCCUCUCCACCACAGUAUAUUAAGGUAUAUUUAGAAAGAGUACGGAGUUGUUGAGACUUCAGGAUUGUGGGAUCUACUAAUGUAUUUUUGUUAGACUACUGAGGUCCGCCAACCAGAGGUAGCUACAAAAUUGUGACAAGGGGGUGUGGGAGCCAUACGCAAAAAGGUGUGUGGGGAAGCCAUUUAUCUCCUGCACCCAUGAUUCACACAUUGCAAAUCUACAUCUGAGUUAACACAGACUUGUACAAUCUGCACCAGGAUCUGGUUUAAUGCUCCUGUUUCACAGGUGAGGAACACUGAGGCUAAAAAGAAGUGUUUAGCAAAAUACCCCCCCCAAGAGGGUUCACCACCUCUAUUGUUCAGGUUCACUAAUUGUUAGGUAAAUAUUAGGAGUUGAAAAUCCUUGCAGACCUGCUGAAAAUUGUGCAGUCGAUUCCCACCUACCUUCAACCCAAAACUGGAAUUUUGUAUAUUGCAUAACAAAAUUAUUGCUCCCCUAAUAAUAGUCUUUGCCAUGCCUUCAUUUCCCCCAGAUUAGUUUGGCAGAUUCACCUUUGGUCAAAGUGCUCAAAAAUAGCCAUUUAUAUAUGUGUGUGCAUGUGUUAAAGGGUUGGGCAAAGUCACGGGUGAUGGAAGUCUCCACGGCUAUUCACUGUGGUAGCUAGGUGAAACCUCCAAGUUCAGAAGCAGUAUACCUCUGAAAAUCAAAUGAUUGAGGCAAACCACAAAUGGAAGGGACCUUGCCUCUUAGAAGCUUAAAAGCUUUCAAGCUGUGUUGGCUAUCAACUACUGGAAAGGGAAUGUUUGAACGAGGGGCUCCUUGGUCUGGUCAGCAAUGUUGCCCUUUUAAAUUAUUUGCAGGAGUGAUGGAGGGUUCAUAUCCAGAAAACAUAAACUUGGGGAGGUGUUAGAUGUGCCAGAGAAGGGAGAACAGGUUUUUUUGGAGGGGCAGGGGAUGACACGUAUGUGAUGUUUAUUAUGUCCAUUGUAGCUAGAGUAGGAUUUGAGGGAUAAUUAGGGUUGGAGAUGCAUGGUAUCAAACAGCAUACCUGAUUAUAGCUGCCAGCUGCAGCAAGUGACAUGUGAUCUGGUAAAAGGUGUAGAUGUGGGGCUUUCCUUGUUCUUUUUUUUUUUUUUUUAAGGAGAUCAUGAACUCAUUUAGGGAAAGGGCUGAACUCAUUCAAUAGCAGAGCACAUGCUUUGAAUGCAGAAUGCCCCAUAUUCAAUCCCCAGCAUCUUCAGGCAGUGCUGCUGCUUGCCAGUGUGGACAGUGCAGAGAUAGGUGGACCAGUUGUAGAAGGCAUCCUCCUGUGUUCCUAACUCCUACAGGCAGCUGGGAAGCAAAACCUGAAAGGGGGCUGAUGGACUGGAGGGAGAGAUUCAGUACUGGGGCUGGGGGAGGAGGGAUUGAACCAUCAAGGGUGGUGAUGAAAGGAUGCAAGAAUGCUUGAUGAGGCAAAGGGGAACUUGUUAGCAGUAACACACCUGGAUAAUUUAAAUUCCAUGGGCGAGGGAUGUGUUGGAAAAUAAUAAAAGAAAUUAAGCAAGGAAAUUGGCAUGCCUCCUUAAUUGGGGUGAGAGGGUAGGCAGACUGGUUAUUUCUGGCUAGCCAAAAGGCUUCCAGUUACUGAAAGAUCUUUUACUCCUUAACUCCUUUGCCAUUACAGCAGCUUGAUGGAGUUGCUGCCCAUUAAUAAUGCUUUAACUACAUAGUAUUUGUAUUGCAUAUUGCAGGUGCUAAAAUUGCUUUGCAGGCAUGGCACUGAGAAAUCCUUGCAAAGCCUUGCAAGGUAGGCAAGUAGCAUUACUCCCUAUGGCAGGUGGGGGGCUGAGGCUGUGAUGUGGUGGUUCCAAGGAACCUUCAGUGCAGGUGAGCCCAGGAGUAAGUUUUCCUAUGUUCACUGGGGUCUGCUUUUGGGAUAAGAUUGCAGCACUUGUGAGUUUGUGACUGAGGCAAGCAUUUCAUUGAGGACCUUUGAAGCUGCAACUAGCAUUCUUUAGCCCUGUAGUUCACAGGUAUCCACCCCACACAAGAGAGAUCAGUAUUGUUUUAAAAAUCCAAAUUCUUUUUUAAUUAGGCCACACCCUCCUGGAUGGGACCAGGUUGCUGCUGGAAAAGAUGCUCCUGGGAUAAAGCAGGGCUAUCUUGUUGAAUAGAGUUGAAAAAGGAGAACAAUUAUAUAUAUGCAUGCAUGUGGCUUGUGUGCUUGAAUGGAAGGAAAUGCUUUAUGUGCAGGCUCCAACCUGUCUGUAUCUGAAUAUUCACACUCAAAUCCAUGUCAAUCUCCCUGUUUCAGGAAGAAAACAAACAAACUGCUUAUCAGUUCUGCCUAAAUAGAAGCAUUUUGUGUAAAUCAAAAGUGUAUAUCUUCUUCUUGGACCAACUCUUCCACUGGCACAGAAGAUUAACUGCUUAUUCAUUUGUUUCUAGUGAUAAGGUAACAGUAGUCUUCAUGAAAAAUUGGGAUGGGAUAAAUAGUUCCCUGGAUGAUUUUAGUUUUGGGGUUAACAUCUGGGGAAAUGAUCACUUUCUCUCCCCUUCUCCUGAUCUGUGUAGGAACAAUGAAUUGCCAGUUUCCAGCUGCCCCAUAGAUCUGUGGGGACUAACAUUAGGGUGAGCAAAUCUAACCUAGGGCUAAAUCAAAAUUGCAGCCCAGCCAACAAAUCAUCUUUGCUGGACAGUAUUUGGGUAGCAUAUGAAAUGGCUGCUCCAGUGUCCACACUCAUUGCCUCGGUUUGUAAAAAUCAAGGCUGCACAAGGAUUUACUAAGCCUGCCAUGAAACUGCACGCUGUGUGCCCUUCUGUGCAAUAUCUUGUGGGUGUGUUGGGCUGAGCAUCACAACAAAUGAUGGGGAGUACAGUCAGAAGCACUUUCUUCUUCUUCUUUAAAGUGUCCAGGUGCUCUGUGGGGUGGCAAAGGAGGAAAUAGGUCCCCGAGUUGAGUCAUGGCUUGAGUGAAGCCUUUUUUUGUAAAUUGGGAGGGCUACACUUAAACUUGCUUUCCACCUUGCUUCUUCACUUUGGUGUCGGGGAAUCAUGAUAGCUGGUUGGCAGAGGUGUGUGACUUGCCUUCUGCCGAAGAGCGAAGGGGGUCAUUAGCUCCUCUUGUCUGUCAGGCGCUGCUUUGCCAUCCUUUUUCAAUGGCUUGCUCUGUAGUGUGGCUUCCCCACUCAGCUGCUGCGGCUGCCAACUCCUUUCUAUUCACCCUCUCUGCCUCUCUCCCCUUUUCCCUUCACUGCAGUAUCUAUUUCAGUCCCUCCUGCCGGCUGGAUUGGAUUCAUCGCAUCCGGAAUGGCAAACAAUUUAUUGUCAUUCAAUCCUCUUUUCUCUCUUCUUCAUCUUCUCCCUCCCUCCCCUCCCUCCAUCAAUCCUGUUUGGUGCUGGAAAAUCUUGCUGGGUCCUAAAGGUUGUCUGGUCAAAAUUUGGGCUCAAAUAGGCCAGCAUGUGAAUAAUAGCUUUUACGGAAAGGUUGUGCUUCUGGAAAUUUAAGAUGUUGCCUUAUACGGAGCCAGACCAUUGAUCCAUAUAGUUCAGUAUCAUCUUCACUGGUGGGCAGUGGCUUUGAGGACCUUCCCCUUCCCUAUCUGGAGAUGCUGGGGGUGGAACCAGGUACCUGCUGUGUGAAAAGCAUGGUCUCCACCACUCAGCUGGGCCAUCUGCACAUUGGUGGCUGAAAUUCUAUGCUGAGAGAAGCUGAAAUUGUGCAUUCAAACCUCCCUUGGUGGUCUUAAGGACUAGAAGCACUGUGUGUUUCAUUGCUUAACAAAAAAUGAAGAUUCUCAGGCUACCCAAUCUGCUGAGUCCUGUCUGUGCAUCCUGUUCGAAGUUUCAGAUUGUGCAGUGUAAAUUUGCAGGACUACAGAAUGGUGCUUAUUGGUUCAAAGUUGUGGCAUUGAACCCAUGCCCAACAAACAGCUUUUCAGCUAAAAAAAAAAAAUCAUCCUUGCAAUUGCCUUGUGAGGUAGGCUACUUGGAGAGUUAGCGAUAUGUCUGACCAACCCAGAUGAAUAGGAGAUUUUACUUGCAUCUAUAUACAGCUUUUUUUGCGGGGGGGGGGGGCGGGAAUCCUGGUUGAUAAGAUUGGUUGUCAACCAGAUCAAGCAUUGCACUACUGGCCCAGAAUAGGGGCUGUGAGGUUCCAAGUCAGGCAAGCCUGCUCUUGCUGGCUGUAUUGCUCUGAGCUCAUUUCACUGUGAUGGUUGUGGUUGUCGUUGUUACAUUUAUAUCCCACCUUUCCUCUAAGGUGUUCAAGGCAGCAUACAUAGUUCUCCCUCCUUCCCAUGUUAUCUCCACAACAACCCUGUGGGGUAGGCUGAGAGAACAGUGACUGGCCCAACGUCAUCCAGUGGGCUUCAUGACUCAAUGAGGAUUUGAACUCUGGUCUCUCAGGUCCUAGACUAAAACUCUAACCACUGCACCAACUCACUCUCUGAAGCACCUGAUCCGAAGUUCAUACUUGUGCCAGAGGCAGGGCUUAGCUACCCAUUUAGCUUAGCUUCCUCUUCACUGUGCCUUUCUGCUGGAAUGCAUCUCAUGCUAACAAUACAGUCCUAUACAUGCCAUAGGGGGCACUGACUCCCAGGUAAGAGGGUAUUGGAUUUGCAGUCUUCACAGAAAGAGUUUACAUGUGCCUCUUUCUCCCCUCUCUGCCAGCUAGCAGUACUUAAUGCAGCUUGUCAACAUGAGGCAGAAUACAGAAAAGAAAUAGUAUGCACUCUGUAGUAGUCAAUGUAGAUUUUUAAUCUUGCAUGGGAAGCUGAUUUAAGAAAAGGUCCAUGUCAGCAUUGUGAAAGUGGGGCAAAUCCUCCAUUGGAGGAAUGGGUAAAAACAUGCUGGGUUUUGCAAGCAGGAACAAAGCCAUGCAAAUUCCCCAAUAUGCAUAUGGAGAGAGAUAACCCUUUUCCUUUGCACAAGGAGGACCUUGCCCUUUGUGCAAUGCCUGUUUUAGCUUCUAUGCAUAAGCAAAACUUUCCUCAACCUGGAAGCCUUCCAGAUAUUGUUGGACUACAUCCCUCAUUGGCCAGAGCCAGCCUGAUCAAUGGUUAAGGACAAUGGGAGUGGUAAUCCAAAACAUCUGGAGGGUACCAGGUUGAGGAGGGCUGCUCUGGCACUGAGAUGCUUCCACCACCAUCCAGAAUGGGGGUGUACUUCAGCAGAGCCCUGCAGGUAACUAUGGCUCUCUCCUUGUCUGUUUAUAGUCCAACAGAUAAACUCUACAUACCAAAUGCUUGCAGCUCUUUCCUGAACAAUCAUGAGAAGAGUGAUGUAUAAUGGGUAUGGGGAAUGAGACAAUGUUGCUGUAUCCAGUGGCAGAAAAUUUCCCAGUGCACUGUUUUUCCAUAGAAAAAAUUCCAUUUCACAUGUUCAUAAGCAACAAUUAAUGGGUGCCAAUUGCAAAAGCAAUAUUAGGCAAGCUUGGCAAAUUCAGAGCUUUAAACUCUGGUUUCCUAAAUACAAGUAAAAUAAAAGCAUGCUAAAUUAGAUCACACUCCAGGCCAGCAGAAUUCACACACACUCCGAAGCAAAAUGCCUCAAUUUGCAUAGGAAAUAUUUACAACUCAACGUCUUCCAGGAAACUCACAUCAUGGCAUCUCCUCCUCCCUGGACUUAGAGGUGCAUGAUGGAGCUGGUAUUGCUUUUCUCAGCCUCUUGCAGCCAGCCAGCCAGCCAGCCAUGCUGCAUCACCCAGCUGCAUCCAGGAGCUUUACUGCCAUGAAUUUCUUGAAGAGUGAAAGCCUUGUGCUCUUUGCCUGCCAAACUUGGUGAGCAUGGGGGGGGGGUGUUGCGUGUGUGUGAAAGGAACGGAAAUGGAGAAGAAGAAGAAAAAGAAGAAAAGGGGAGGGGAGAAAUGAGGGUGUAGAAAUAUUGAAUGUAGGGGGAAAAAAUAUGCUGUUAAAGAAAAUGGUCCUUUGCCGUGGGUUCCCCCUCUCUGAGUUCACACCUCACCAUAGACGCUAUUAUCCACUUGUUGCCACUCUCUGUGGUCAGCGAUUGUACCAUUUUCCAGCAGGAGUGAACCAAGGUAUGUGCUCUUUACUCUUCCCACUGCUUGCUUGUUUGGCGAAAGGGAGUGAACAGGCAGAAACCACAAGGAGCAGUAGCCAGGAGGCCCAGGGAAUUGUGUGAGUGGGGUUUGAUGGAUACCCAAUAAUGCUGACCCCUGAUGUUGGCUUCCUAAUGGAGAAUGUGUUGCAAAGAAAAUGCUGAGCUGAAAACAUAAAGCACAUGUUGUUGGUGAGGUAGCACCCUUCACCCUUUUUGGGCAUGGUAACCUGCACACCAUACAUUUAGAGCACAUUUGAAGCACCUGGCAUCCCCAAAGAAUAUUGGAACCUGUAGUUCACCGCCCACAGAGUUACAAUUCCCAGCACCCUUAACAAACUACAGUCUCCAGGAUUAUUCAGGGGAAGCCAUGUGCUUUAAAUGUAUGGUAAAUCUGGCAGUCAUUACAAUUCCCUCUCCUGUAUUGUAUAUUUAAGGUUCCUGUGUAUUUAAAGUUCCUGUGUUUACUCUGGUAAAAAAAAAGGAAGCCUUCUGCACAUGCUCAGUUGUUGAAGACACAUUAUGACACAUGGGCCUGAUUCAAAGAAAGCUCUGGUCCCUCUUAUCUUCACACCUGCCACCUCCACUCCCCCAACCUAAUCCUACAACUCUUUCCAAGCUCAUCUUGCCUUGCCUGGAAGCUCAACUUUGCUUUAAAUGAAUCUGGGCUAGCUGUUUUUUCCCCUUUGGCAGGAGGAACACCCAAAGUAGUGCUGGCUUUUAGCAAUCAAAGGAAGAUGGCUCUUGAUCUUCACUCUUCUUCAAGGUCGACCUGGCUAACAAAAAUCAAUCUUCCCACUGCUCUUUUCCUCGUUUCAUCCUGCUCAGGCAGCAUUUGUUACCAGUUUCUCUGGCUUCAUUGACUCACUUGCCUAUAUAGAGACUAGUUUGCUGACCUUAAAAAUGGGGGGGAAAGACCAGUCCCCUUCUCUAAGGAGGGAGAGACUCCUAAAAUUGUAGGGAAGAAUAGCCAGUGUGGGACUUUUUGGCUUAAAGCAUAAAUAUGAUUUUGUCUUGGCUCCUGAGAGCCAUGGGUAGGGAUGGAUGACUCUAUUCAUUUCUCAUUUUCCUAGUCAUAAGUUCAGUUCUCCAAAUUUCUGCAUGAACCUGUGACAUGCUUUUUAAAAGUCCUGAAAAUUCACCCACGUUCUCUCUCUCUCUCUCUCUCUCUUUCUCUGAAUAUAACACUUUUAUAUGUAAUUUUGCCAGCUGUACAGAUUUUUGCAAGCCAUUUAUCCUAAUGUUGUGUUGUUGUAUUAUAUUGUUACCAGUUCUUGCAUUAUUAUACACACUGUCCCUUAAUGUGUGUAUUUUGGUCUGAGAACUGCAGUGCAAAAUUCAGAGAAGUGUUAAUUUUGAAGGAUGGCUGCAUUUCAGUUCCAGUAUAACUUCAGAAAGUGUGGCUUUUAGGUGGGCUUGCAUUAAAAAUUAACCAAAUUGAUAUUUUUCUUCUUCUUCUAGCCUUGGUGUUCUGGACCCUAGUUUGAGUAGCCGUCUAUUGCCCCAUACUGAAUAACUUCUGAAUCUCCCUCCCCCUCCCUGUCUUCUGGGGAUUCUAGGGCACUUCUAGCAUGGGCUUGGUUUGCAGAUGGGUUGUUGAGAUAUUGCAGAUGGGGUUGUGGGCAACUUCCUCCCCCCACAACCUUGCCAGAUUUUCUCUGGAAAGGGUCAAUCUGAAUUAAAUGGUGGUAGGGAUAUGGGCUGGGUCUCCUACACUGUGAGAAGGCAUUGCUCUGUGGCUGGAAUGAGGAGCCUCCAGAUGCUACUGGACUGCAACUCUCAUUAUCCCUGAUCAAUGGCCAUGCUUACUGUGGCUGUUAGGAGUUGCAGUUCAGCAGCAUCUGGAGGGCCCAAAGUUCCCCAUACCUGCUGUAUGGGCAUGUAAAGGAAAGAGUACCCAGUCCCACUGUGCACAAAGUAGCAGAUGAAUCAGGGGAUCAUGUUGUUUUUCAGAUCAGAUGCCUUGUACAAGCCAGGUGCCACCUUGCCUGAAAGGGAGGGUUGCAAUUUUAAGCCACAAGAUUUCCAGAGGCUCCCAACAUUCUGUGAUAGCAAUGCUUAAAAAACGAAUUGCCUGAUGUGUGUUAAUAGGCACAAUAUUUCUUCAUGAGUACCAGCUGUGCCUUGCUGUUUUUUAAUUGGUAGUUCCAGCCCACUGCAAGAGAUGCAUGUCCCACCCCUCCCUCCAUAAAAGUUCCUGAUCCAAGACUAUCAGCCAGACACAGCGUUUCUCAACGUUGGGCUGCCAAAUGUGGCUGGACUAUGACUCUUACCAUACCUAGCUAGCUGGACCAGUGGUCAGGGAUGAAUCAUAGAAUUGCAGAGUCAGAAGGGCCCCCAAGCACCAUCUAGUAAAAUCUCCUGCAAUGUAGGAAUCUCAGCUAAAGCAUCCCUGACAGAUGAACAUCCAACCUCUGCUUUAAAACCUUCAAUGUAGGAGAGUCUACAACCUCCUUGGGAAGUCCAUUCAAACAGCUCUUACUGUCAGAAAGUUCUCCCUGAUGUUUAGUCAGAAUCUCUUGUAACUUGAAUCCAUUGGUUCAGGUCCUAUCUUCAGAGCAGGAGAAAUCAAGCUUGCUCCAUCUUCCAUGUGACAGUCUAACAACAUUUGGGGACCAAAAGUUGAGAAAGGCUGCUAGAGCAUAGAUGUCUCAAUUUCUCCUCUGCCCCAACAAAAUGUCUCGAUUGGUCUUUUACUGUUGUGAUUUAACAGUGGGGUGGACUUCCCCCCCCCUUUGCUUUUUGUUUCUUCUCCUGCAGGACCUUCUGAUGUUCCCUGCUGACUGGAGCCUUCAUCCUUCCCCAGAAUGCCCUUUCCGGCCAGCACCACUGAACGCAGCUCUGAAGACACCAUGGCUUCAGCGCCUGAGGAUUUCCAGCAAGUCCUUUCCAUCGACCAGAUUUGUGCCAUCCGUGCCACCAAUGACUACGUGGAGAGACCUGCCUCAUCCAAGCAAGCUCCCUCCACUCCAUCCCAGUCGCAAGCAGCCCACAAGCAGGAGGUGGCUCAGGAACGCCUGGUGCCCACCACCAUCCAGGACCUUCAGCCUGGCCAGCCACCCCUCCAGCAGCCUCUGAGCCAUUCCAGCACUGCCAGCUCCAUCUCCCACAGCACCACAGCCUCAGAGCAGAGGCUCAUCACACCAUCGCACUCUAGGCACUCGCUUGUCCGGAAUCAGCCCCAAGCAGGCGACCCAAAGCCUGAGGAGCUGCGGAAGGGGACAUCUGAGAAGCCUCAUGUCGCCCAUGCUGGCCACCUCUUCAUCUGCGAGGAAUGCGGCCGCUGCAAGUGUGCCCGCUGCAUGGCGACACGCAGCUUGCCCUCUUGCUGGCUUUGCAACAAGCGCUGCUUCUGCUCACCAGAGAACCUCAUUGACUAUGGGACUUGCCUCUGCUGUGUCAAGGGCAUUUUCUACCACUGCUCCUCAGAUGAUGAGGACACCUGUGCCGAUGACCCCUGCUCUUGUGGCCCGGGAUCCUGCUGUGCCCGCUGGGCUGCCAUGAGUUUCCUCUCUUUGUUCAUGCCCUGCCUGUGCUGUUACUUUCCUACCUUGGGGUGCCUCAAACUUUGCCAGUGGGGCUAUGAUGCCUUUAAGCGGCCUGGUUGUCGCUGCCAGAACCACACCAAUACUGUCUGCAGGAAGAUCUCCACCACAACCAGUGGAGCCACUCUCCCUAAGACUUUGGACAAGCCAGUAUAACUUCCCACAGGAAGUGGGCGGGGGGGAGGGGGGAACACCCGGCUGUUCUUCAUCAUUGUGUUGUUCCUUCAGGUUCCCCUGCUGGAAUCUUACAGCUUGGGAACAAAGCAAUGAUGGAAUAGCCAGCCAGCUAUGCAAGCUCCCUUUGGAGCUUGUUCCGUGAUAGAUAUAAAUUGUCCCUGUGAGCAAGAUCAGGCUCUAGGGCUUUUAAUGUGUCCUCAACAUUGGACAAGUAGAGUGGGAAGCUGAGGCAUGCACUAAAUCAGCAUGGUUGGUGGUGGUGGAUCGGGGGGAGGGUGUAGUUUUGCUAUAGGAUGGCUCAGGAUUCUGACCUCCAGAAUGCCUUAUGAGUUGCUCUCCUGUGGUGGGUUUUAAAAACAAAACAAAACCAGAAAGGAAAAGGGUAUUUCACCCAAGCACUAUGAUAGCCUGAGAAACAGUCUAUUGUAAAAACAAAACAAAAAACAAAACCCAUUAUUUUUUCACUUCUGGUACCCAUGCCUAUGGCUUGUAUUCUGCUCCUUCUGCCAUGCACAAUUUGCAGAUGGGGGAGAGGCUAGCAAAACUGUAGCAAAUGCAAGGUAGCUGGGCCAAGUGUGGGAUGGGCACCUUCGGUAGUUCCUGGCUGGGGAGAUGCAAGACUGUUGAGGGUUGAUAGCCUCCCUAAAAGGAGGAGAAAGCCCAAAAGCUUAUGUGUCUUUUUUAAAAGAAAGGAAGGAAGGAAGGUUGGUUCACCAAUUUAGGGUAAAACCUCUUUACUUUUUGUAGGGGUGGCAAAAGUUGGAAUCAUCAUUCACUGUAGCAACAAAGGGGUAGUUUAAAGAGUCUUGCUAGCCUAAAACAAAGCAAGCCCUCAAUCUCCAUUUCCUCCUAAGCUUAUCUGGUACCAGAUACCAUGGACAGUCACUGUGAGUCUAAAGCCAGAAGUGACUCCUUUGGCUGAUCUUAAACUGCAAGGCAUUUCUGGUGUCUUGCAGGCAAAAGUCACUUCUAUGGUUGAUGUAUCCUUUCUCCCAUCUCUUCAAGAGCAGAGGCCUUCUCAACCCAGUCAGAUGGCCGGAGUACAAGAAGUAUAUUAUUAUUAUUAUCCUUAUUUUAAAAUUUAGCACCCACAACACAGUUUCUCUUUGAAACAGUGAGUGUUGUGUUUUUUGUUUUUGUUUUUUUAAAAAAAAGCUCAAUGGAAAAGAGUUAUGGUUUCCUUUGCCUGAAAACCUUAGCUUUCAGUUAGGUAUAUCUUGCAAUUUGAAUAGAGGGCGGGACAUAUGCAGUGCAAUGGGUUAUGUUUGUCAUUGACUCCUCCCUGCCUAACCCAAAGCACUUUGGUUCCACUUGAGUACAGAAGGAUGAUGUAGGUAUGGCUCAGAAAGUUUUAUGCUAUGACUUGUAGGAGAGACUGACCCAGGAGCUAAGGAGCAGACAUUGUGUACAGGAGGUUCCAUACUUGGCACCUCCAGGAAGGGCUUGGGAAGGCUCCUGUGUGAAACUUGGAAGAUGUGCUGCCUGUCAAUGCAGAUAGCACUUUGCUGGCUGGAUGGCUGAUCUGAUGAGGUAUGAAGAAGGUGUGAUAGCUCAAAGCAUUAUAUAUACCUUUUCAGGUAGCAGGCAAACCUGUGGGUUAUAUCCAAGACCAGUCCUAUGUAGAGAAUAGGACUGUUGACAUAGAGCAAGCUGUUGCCAUUAAUGGACAUGACUACCUUGGGUUCAUUACUUUUAAUGGGUCUACUCUGAGUAAAACUUGGUAAGGUACAACCCCAUGUCUCCUGUGGUCAAAGGAGCAGUCCCUCUGAUCCCCUGCAACUCUCUAGAUAUUGACUUAAAACAUCUGUCAUCCUUGACCACAGUCUGUGCUGGUGGGGGUUAAUGGGACUUGGAAUCCAACAACAUAUGGAGGGCAGCAGGUUCCCCACCCUGGCCUUAUAAAAAAAUGGGUGGGGAGAGGGUGGUGGUGACAAAAUGUGUGUUACUCAGACCCUUUGGUUCACAUUCUUGUUCCUAAAUUUGCAUGUUGCUUCUGCUUAUUUUCAUAUUAGUUUUGUAAAUGUUUAACCAAGGCGGGGAUGAGAAACCUUUUUCAGCAAGAAGGCUGCAUUCCCAUGCUGGACAACCUUUCGGGGGGGCCACAUACCAGUGGUGGUGGGUUCAGCUGCAAAAGUGGGUGGAACAUGUGGAUGUGGCUGAUCUGUGUAGAUUCCAAGUCUGCAAAAGCUACAUACGACAUCUCACCAUCCUUGGUCUAGGCAAGCAAAUGACAUUAAUUGUAGUUCAAGGACGCAUUCCAGUCUAGCGAAAUCAUUCAAGGGGCGUGUGGUCCCAAGGGCCAUAUACAGAGGUGUGGAGGGCCACAUUUAAUCCUUGGGCUUCAGGUUACCAGACCUGGACCUAGGGAGUGAAAAGGAGAUGAAAACGGCCCACACACAUUGCCAUCCCGGAUGAAUGCUUGAUAGGUAGACGCCAAAGCUAGGCCUGCUCAGCAUGUUCUCUGCUGCUCAGAUUGCAAACCUGUGGCCUGUUAGUCGGGGUUCUGCAAUCCAGCAAAGGUAGAAUGGUGACUGAGCCACUGUUAGGUUAAGUUGUCCUUCUAUGAUCCCACGUUGUCCAGGCAUGCCUUAGACCCACCAAAGGGAAUGGUUUUAGAGUUGGGUGUGGUGCUGCUUCCUUUUGAGGGCACUGCAAGUUGGGUGCCCAAGCAUGCAGACCACAGAAAACACCCCGCCAAUUUCUUCUCAUUGUUUUAGAAGUUGCUUUGAUUAUAUUUUUGAGUGUGCAAUUGUUAGUGACAUACAUUUAUGAUGGCUUGUGAUAACCUGCUAUGAAUGGUGCCAUAGACAAGAUCUGGCUUCUUGGUACAUUUCUGCUAAUGCCAAAGGACUCUCUUAAGCUGUGUGCAUUAUGCCAGUUUCGGGCUGCUUUGUUUAUUGGAGUACUUUAGAGGCUUCUUUCCAGGGGUUUCUUGCACUGUGUUAAGUGGAAUGUGGAAAGUGCCAGAGGCUGUUUUUCGUCCAAAUCUUGGUUGCCACUUCUGAUCAUGGUGGCCUCCUUUUUGUGGAUUUGGAAGCAUUAAUGCCUCUUAUUUUUUCCCUUCUAAAACUUUUUCCCUAUCCCCCCCCCCAAAAAAAAGAACCCUGGUAAAAGGGUGGCUUCUUUUUCGAAAGUGGGUGAGAACAGGGCAUGGUUUUUUGCAGAGGUCAGAACAACAUACCCUCCAACAUUUCUCCGAUGAAAAUAGGGACGUCCCAUUCCAUAAUGAUAAUUUUACUAUUUAUACCCCACACACCUUACUGGGUUGUGCCCAGCCACUCUGGGCAGCUUCCAACAUAUAUAAAAACAUAAUAAAACAUUAAAAAAACUUCCCUAUACAGUAUUGGCGUCAGGUGGCUUGGGGGGGGGUCGGAUAACUCCAUACCCUCCUACAUUUCUCCGACGAAAAUAGCGACAUCCCAAGGGAAAGUGGGACAUUCCGGGAUCAAAUCAGAAACUGGGAUGGCUUCUCUAAAUCAGGGACGUCCCUAGAAAAUAGGGGCACUUGGAGGGUCUGCAGAACAACAGAGAUGGUUCUUGUCUGACCCAACCAAGUGAAAAUAAUCACUCAUGUGUAGCAGUAGAGUCCUUCUCAAAGACCCAUGGACUCUCUUGCUGCCUAGGCAUGGUCAUUAGGGGUGUAAGGGGGCUCCGUUUUCCAUUCCUCCCUGUGUUCAUUGUAUGAAGCACUGUUUCCACUGCACUGCAGUUCCUCUUCUACCAAAACCUGUGUUAAUCGUCUUGCUGUCCACUGUGGUAAAAUUAAGUAACUUAUGUAAAUCACAUUGUCAUUAGUUAUUCCACGUCAUCCAUUUCAAUACAAAGCAAAUGUAAUGCAUAUAUGGGAGGUGGUAGUGGGGGGACGCAAACAGUUAGGUAUGGCUAGUAAACUGAAAGCAAAGACAGUGAAUACCGAUUGUAUUUGUUAAAAUGGUUUCUGUUCCAGAUAUGGGAUUAAUAAGUGAACACCAGCAAUUUCUGCUCCCGUUUCUGUUGCGAGGGUGAAACAGCAUUGUAUUUGGUCCCAUUAGUUUGCAUAGCCGCCAAAAAAAGAAUAUUUUGGGUCUCUGGGCCCAUGCAAAUCCCUGAAGUAAUGUUGCCUGCUUUCUCCCUUGACCCCUUGUUACAACAAGGUUAUAUCCUCUGUUUGAAAGCACCUGCCCUUUGUCAGGCUGCUUUGAGUAGGUUUAUUUCCUCCUCCAGAAGGCCCCUUGCAUUUGAGAUCCAAAAGGACCACAAUACUAUGGGAUUCAAGACACUCUCACCCUCUGUUGGGUAAAAAAAAAAAAGGCAUUUUGUAUAGUGUGUCCUCUAAAAUUGUGUCCUCCCCCUCGCCUCAUACAAAGCAUAAUACCUGCUCAUAAUCUACCAUCUCAUUGUGUAUAGAUAUAUUUUUACCACACUUUUACCAUUAAAAAAAUAUUUAUUUGAAAUGUUUAUUUUAAAGUUAUUAAAAAUUGCAUCUUAAUGUAUUUAUUAUAACGCUCUUAGUUGUGUGCCUCUUUUCCUCUCUUUCUCUCGCAAAUCUAAUUAAGCUGUUGCUGAAACAAUGCUGAAAUUUGAAAAAAAUUAAUUCUAUGGGUGGUGUUCGAAACCACUUCAAAGCAGCUAUUCAAUAAAAUAUAUAUUAAUUUU